AAGCCGCUCGACGUGCUCGUGUCUUGGGCUUCAAGACAUAACAAGUAUGCCUCUGCAUGCUCGCUGUUGGUCUUUCUCUCGGCUAGCCCUCCUAAGGGCGACCGAGGGAUUUCCACGCACUUGUCGGCGCUCGUUCGCAGACUACAAACGUCCAUCAACAGCUCCUAAGCCGAUGAUCGACAUUAAGCAUAUCCGGGAGAACGCCGACAUGUACGAGGAGAACUGCCGGAGUCGCAACUACAAGACCCAGAGCGAGUACCCGGCUCGCAUCAAACAGCUUUUUUCUCAAUGGCUAGAGCUGCAGAGGAACAACCGCACCCUACGUGAGAGGUCAAACCUCGUGCGUCUGCAUAUCGCGAACCCAGCAUCCACCCACCGAGAUGACACUGUUUUGUUUCUGAGAAAUCUUACUCGAGAUCAGCUGCUAGAAGAGGCUCGGCUGCUCAAAAACCAGCUGGCCGACGUGGAGGAAAAUGAAGGCCGUUUGAUGGACGAGAUGCAGGCACUCGCUUUCUCCAUCCCGAACCUGACCAGCGCCGAAACCCCCGUCGGAAAUGAGCCGACCGUGCUGAGCUACAUCAACGAGCAUCAUUUCGAAAAGGCCACCUCCUCGGACAGGUUAUGGCGGUCCCACGUCCACAUUGGAUCUGAGCUGGGCCUCCUCGACUUUGCCGCAGCGGGCGCCACCUCCGGUUGGGGCUGGUACUACCUCCUCGACGAGGCCGCACAGCUGGAACAAGCCCUCAUCCAGUACGCCCUCACCGUGGCCACCCGGCACGGAUGGCGCCAGGUCUCCCCCCCGUCCUUGGUAUAUUCCCACAUCGCCACAGCGUGCGGCUUCCAGCCUCGCGACCAGAACGACGAGCAGCAGAUCUACACCAUCGCCCGGUCCCCCGAGGACGCCGACCGCGGCAAGCCGGAGCUGUCCCUCGCCGGCACAUCCGAGAUCCCGCUGGCCAGCAUGAAGGCCGACACCACCAUCGACGAGGCCUCCCUCCCCAUGAAGCGCGUCGCCGUAUCGCGGUGCUAUCGCGCCGAAGCCGGCGCGCGCGGCGCGAGCACCAAGGGCCUCUAUCGCGUGCACGAAUUCACCAAGGUGGAGCUUUUCGCCUGGACGCCGCCGGACCAGGACGAGGCGGUCGACGUCUUCAACGAGAUGAUCGACAUGCAGACCGAAAUCCUGGAAUCCCUGGACCUCGCCUGCCGCGUCCUGGAGAUGCCCAGCACCGACCUCGGUGCGUCCGCCACCCGGAAAUGCGACAUUGAAGCCUUCUUCCCGUCGCGGCAGGACCAGGAUGGUGGCUGGGGCGAGGUCACCUCGGCCAGCAUUUGUACCGAUUACCAGACACGGCGACUGGCGACCCGGCUUAAGACGAAAGACCGGCUUACCUACCCCUGGACCGUCAACGGGACUGCGCUCGCUGUUCCUCGGGUACUAGCUGCCGUACUGGAGAACGGGUGGGACGAAGAGGAGAUGACUGUGCGCAUCCCAGAGUGUCUACGGCCUUGGAUGGAUGGUCGGGACAAGAUUGGACCGAAGAGGAGAACGUAGGAAUCAUUCCCCGGGAACACCCACGGCAAAAAGCCGAGCCCCGCGGGAGUUUGCAUCUCUUCGCCAGUUACCGAGGGGCUUUUCUCUCUGCAACCUGUAUCUGUAUUCUGCAGCACACUGUACUAUAUAUUUGGGCCUAUUCGUUCUGAAUCGGGGGCAAGUGGGCAUGAGCAAGUUGGCCGUUUUGUAUGGUUAUGGUUGAUAUCAUGUCGUUGGAAUACUUGAACCUGUACGUCUCGCGCAGGCAUUCUUAGAUUGUCUUCAUGGACGUGUCCAACUUACUGGUCUUGUCUAGUUGGACAGUAUAAUAGCAGCUAAUGAAUGCAUCGGUCCCGCCAG